GCUUUAGUGCGGUAGCCUAUUGAUAAAUUCGAGACAUCUGGACCGUACAUACAUACAGAACCUUGGCCAUGUAUCGUUGGGUUAGUGAGUGAAGGCGUUGUGAGUUAUUGAUGCCGCUUUGCGUACAGACCUCUGAAGCAGCGGGCUAGAUCAGAUCCCAAAACAUCAGAAUAAUGCGGGAGUUUGUCCAGAAAAUAGAGACGUAAAUCAAGCUCGACAACGAGAGAUGUUGAAGUUGGGAGUUCCUGGCCAAGGGAUGUAUAGCCACGUGACUUCAUCUCGCGAUGAACUUCUUUGGCCGCGGAGCCGGAGAGCUUUCGGAGCGACAAGAAACAUUUUGCGCCUUGCGCUACGCAACAGACAAUUCGUCGAGCUGAGAAUUCAUAUCUCUCCUGAGAUACCUGCUCAGCGCCUUCGCUUCAGUCUAUUCGACGGGCCUGUUGAGUCGGGGACUUCUGGAUUCACUUGGAGGUUUCAACGAAAUCGCUUUUCGGGGCUCGGCCUCAAUCCGUCCUGUCCUCUCAGAUCAAUUCACAUUCACACUAAUCACAAUGGCGAAGAAAGGUUUGUAUAUUUCCAGCCAGAACUGGCUUCCUUGUCUAGGAUAUUGUCGGCCUCUAAGUCGCGCACUGUCACCGUCCGCCUGAUCUCCAUGGCAAUGACUGGCUUCUACCGAACAAUGAUCCGACCGCGUACACAUCGUCCACUGAGCAUGUUGAAAUACGAUCCGGUCGUGAAGAAGAAGGUGCUCUUCCUCGAGGCGACAAAGGGAGGAAAGGCAAAAUAAACGAGCUUGUGGUGUAUGGAUAGUUAGUCGGCCAAUUGGGUGAAGACAUUAAGCCAGGAUGGGACGCAUAAACCGCAGCCAUUCUUGAGGAAAUGGGCGAGUUGAUCUUCCCUGUCUAUUGUCAGUACCCUUGACCGAGUUCUCCGUUUCUCGAGAUGGAUUGGGUAUUCACCCAAAGUGAUUUAUUGUACAUUGUACGACUACGGCUGUGAGAGCGACGGAUCAUCUCCUUCGAAGAGUCGUGCGUGUGCCGCAUUAAGAAGUCUCAUCCCUGACUCUAU